UACUGGCGAGAGCCAGUGCGAUAAAGCGAGAAGUAACUUUCCGCAGCGUGGUGGAACGGUGGAACGGUGGAACGGUGGAACAGUGGAACAGUGGAACAGUAGUAGAGAGGAAGAGAGGAAGAGAUCCCUUCCUGGUCCCGAUCUUCGCGACUGUCGACUCUCUUUCAACGCGCUAUUUAUACGCACGAUUCGCUCGUCUCGCUCGGCUCGCUCGGCUCGCUGCGCCUAUGUGCGCCUGUGUGCGCCGACAGCUGGUUAUACGUGGGACUAUCGAGGGAGCCAUGUGGCGGAGUGCGAACGAUGGCGCGACUAGGCAAGAGCCAAGGUGUUCCGAGCCGGCAGAGGCUUCGAGUUCGCCUGAUUCGGUGGCGAAGAACAUCAAACGAGGACUAAAGAUAGCACUACAUUGUACGAGAAGAUGCUUUCGUGAAAGCCCAGCGAGUGUCAGCUGGUUUAAACGAAGAGCAGAUCGUCUAUUCGAUAAAUUUUCGAAAUUUAAAGUAGACCGCGAGACUCACGUCAAUAGAUAUUUGACAAUGCAAGAUAUUUCGAUCGCCCAUUCAGCUCUCAUGUUUACGAUUGCUCAACGUGUCCAAAAUAAGGUACCUACUUUCUUGCAGAUCUUUAGCGAGGAAAGCUAGGACUCUAAUUUCGUAGGUGCACGAAAUAAAAAAGAAAUAAAGAACAACGUCCCACGCCUUAAGCACAGCUCAUUCCUUUCAUAAUUCAUGAGACUCGAAGCGCUUGGCGUUUUGAAAGCGUCAGUGAAACCGACAAUAUUGCACGAAGAUUUUGAAAAGCUUCGUGCUACUAGUGCACGAAAUAACC